GACAGCUCCGCGCUCGCACUCCGGCUCAGCAGCCGCCCCACACGUUCCCCGAGCAGCUCCCGCCGCAGCCCCAGGGCCCCGCGCCACCGCCACCAUGGACGCCAUCAAGAAGAAGAUGCAGAUGCUGAAGCUCGACAAGGAAAACGCCUUGGAUCGAGCCGAGCAGGCGGAGGCCGACAAGAAGGCGGCGGAGGACAGGAGCAAGCAGCUCGAGGAAGACAUCUCGGCGAAGGAGAAGCUGCUGCGGGUGUCGGAGGACGAGCGGGACCGGGUGCUGGAGGAGCUGCACAAGGCGGAGGACAGCCUCCUGGCCGCCGAUGAGACCGCCGCCAAGCUGGAAGAUGAGCUGGUGUCGCUGCAAAAGAAACUCAAGGGCACUGAAGAUGAACUGGACAAAUACUCCGAGGCUCUCAAAGAUGCCCAGGAGAAGUUGGAACUGGCGGAGAAAAAGGCCACCGAUGCUGAAGCUGACGUAGCUUCUCUGAACAGACGCAUCCAGCUGGUUGAGGAAGAGCUGGAUCGUGCCCAGGAGCGUCUGGCAACAGCUUUGCAGAAGCUGGAGGAGGCUGAGAAAGCGGCAGAUGAGAGUGAGAGAGGCAUGAAAGUCAUUGAGAGUCGAGCCCAAAAGGAUGAGGAAAAAAUGGAAAUUCAGGAGAUCCAGCUGAAAGAAGCCAAGCACAUUGCUGAAGAUGCCGACCGCAAGUAUGAAGAGGUGGCCCGUAAGCUGGUCAUCAUUGAGAGUGACCUGGAGCGUGCAGAGGAGAGGGCUGAGCUCUCAGAAAGCCAAGUUCGACAGCUGGAAGAACAAUUAAGAAUAAUGGAUCAGACCUUGAAAGCAUUAAUGGCUGCAGAGGAUAAGUACUCGCAGAAAGAAGACAAAUAUGAGGAAGAGAUCAAGGCCCUUUCUGACAAACUGAAGGAGGCUGAGACUCGGGCUGAGUUUGCCGAGAGGUCAGUAACUAAAUUGGAGAAAAGCAUUGAUGACUUAGAAGACGAGCUGUACGCUCAGAAACUGAAGUACAAAGCCAUCAGCGAGGAGCUGGACCACGCUCUCAACGACAUGACUUCCAUGUAAAUGUUCAUCCACCCUGCCUGCUCACAUCCGUGCCCUCCUGCUAAUAUGAUAAAUUCACGCUGCUUCCUCUGUGCCUUCAGAGCUUCCACGUUUACGCCUUUCUGUUCACUCUUUUUUGCGUGAUCUAGGGUAGUUAUUGUUUCUUCCACUUUCUACUAAUAUGAAAGCCAGAAGAUUGAGUCUGUUUUGUACACACAAUUUUCCUUUCAGAAUCCAUUUAUUUCAUAAUCUGUAUUCAGUUGUUCCCACCAAACAAUGAACUGGAAUCUGACUUGAGCACCAUCCUUUCAGGAAACUAAAGGAGGCUCAAGUAAAAUUAAAAGGCCAUGCAGCUGUGCAGGAACUUCCCAAGAAAAGUCAAAUUUGUUUUCCUACAUCUCAAGUAAAUGAAAUAUCAUUUUUGUAAAAGAUACAAAUGUAAGAACCCCAAAAGUGUCAGGUUAUUGAGAAUCUGAUGAAAGGAAAAUUGACCCAAUAUAAGCUAAAGAAUAGUGCUGUAAAAGACCAUCUCUUCCUCAUUUUUAAGAAUUUUAGAGAGUAAUGAACCCUCUGUCAACCCUCAAGCCUUUCAUUCUCUGUGUUUACAUAAAAGGAUUUAAAAUACCCACCAUACACACCACAACCUGUGUCAAAGAAAUGGGAAAUAAAACACAGAGUGUGCGAUAAGAGUUUGGGAGUAAAUGACUCAGCUUUUAUCGCUGUGGGGCAGCAAAAGUUGGAGUAGAUAGUCUUAUUCUUGAGGACCUUGAGCAUAGAGAACUAAUUUAUGUAUUACUAACCAAACCUAAACACUAAAACUCUGACCCUAAAUUCUAACCUGGAAUGUUCCCCAGAGGGCUCUCUUCAUUCUAACAAUAUGGCAGUGAAUUCCAUGUACUCUGGAAAGUUCAUCUUCAAGGCCCACCUUUUCUACCUUGACCCAGGCAGAAAAAAGGUAGCUUGAAGAGUGUGGUGUGUGCCUGCUAUCUUACAGGUCAUAGAAUCUCCACAUUAACCUUAGAGACAUGAUGUCACCAUAGAAACUAGAGAGCAUUCCAUCAUCUCUUCACUCAUUAGUAAAUAAGGGGAUGAAUGGAUCAUCUGUCUCUAAGGUCUUUUCCAAUGCUCCAGUGUGGUGAUUCUGUGGGGAAAACUUUGAGCAUCAAGUAUGAGUAAAUAUUCUGAGAAGUGGGUUUAGCUUAAAAUUUAGUGUUCAAUUCUGUUCAUGGGUUUUCUUGAUAGUGACCCUGACCUAAAAGGAGGGGUCUGGGCUCUGAUGAGCGAAAAUAGAUGUCCUCCCUCGGGGGCGGCUUGUGGGAGUUUUGCAUGUCUGCUUUUCACCUGUGUUCCAAGUGUUGCUCUCACCUGUCAGUUUGGUUUUCCUUUUGUCCAUUAUACCACUUUUUUUCUUUCUCCCACCUUUUCUCUUCAUGCAGAUAAAUUUCUUUGCUUCACUUCUCCCAAGACCCCUCAUCAAGCUGGAUGCCUCACCUCUCUGAGCUCUGCAAUUUGUCUGUUCUCCACCUGGCCCUGGUCCUUUCUGUGGCAUCCUGCCAGAUACCCACUGUGCUUUCUAUUGUACAGAAACUCUUCAUUUCAGUGUAAAAUAAACACUGUGUAUGCCAUUUCUGUUUGCUCUUCUUUUUACUUCUUAUUUAUUGACAUUUUCAUUUCAACACUGAAUAAAACUACAAAUCUGCUUCAUACAUAUGAGGGUUAAUUUUUUGGCUGCUGCUUUUUUUUUUCCCUCCAUUUUGAGUAUUAUUGAUAUCAAGAGUUUCUGAAGCAAUAGUUUCUAGUAGAGCUUUAAAAAAGCGCUCAUGCGUGGGUCCUUCUCAGAGUUUAGAUUCCAAAGCUCAGAGUGAGGCCUGGUACUGUGUUCUUUCAGGAAUUACAGUGGUUCUGAUAUGUAGCCUGGGUUGAGAACCUCGGCCAGAGGUUUUUUAUGUGGGGUGUGAUUGAGCCCUGGGUGUUGACUUUUAGAUCACUCUGCAUUAGAGGGCGUGGUUAACUAAUGAAAGACUCAUGAGGAAGGGGGCUCCAUAACCAUCCCAUGUUGUUAGAAAUUUCUAUAUUGGGAAAGGUGAAAAACAACUUGAAGUCAACAACCUAAGUGGAAGUUACUGAUGUUCUUCCUUUCAUAACAGAACAGUUAAAGGUUUUGUUUAUACUUACGUACUACAAAUAGGAGUAUACGCAGUCUCCUUCAUUUUGAUCAUAAAAUGACAUCUCAGGUUUUCUAAAUAUGAUCAGUAUGUCCAAGUUGAAAUUUAUUGUACACAAAUAAUCUUUAGGUUAAAUGCUGGUGUUUUCUGUUUUUAUCUCAUAUGUGCAUAUUUUUAAGUAUAGCCAUUCAGGUUGAUUUUUUUUUUUUUUUUUCGUUAAAAGGAAGGUGGUGGAAAUUGUGCAGAAUGCAGUUCUAUUUUAAUUGGGUUUCACUUUUUCACAUCAGAAAUAGCAAUUAAAUGAUUUUUUUUAAACAUUGCAAAAUUAGAACUUCAAAAAUUAUGAAGACUUUUGUUUCUUGAUUUCCAUCAUUUCUCUUAACUUUCUGGCUCUGUUUCUCCUGUGUUUUAAGUGUGGUGAUUUCUGUCUGUUUUGUGUGUAGGUUUUGUUAGCCUAAGAGGGUUUAUAUAGCACUAUACUCGAAUAAAUUUGAACACACUGAAACUGUCAAUAAUUCCACAGAGAUCAAAGCAGAGGAAGAAUACUCCUUUUAAAGGGCUACGAAUUGUGUUUGUAUAGCAUAGUAACGGUUUUUAAAUUUAGAAUCCGAGGGUGCCCGGCUCGCUCAGUUGGUAGAGCAUGAGAUUCUUAAAUUUAGAAUCUGGACAAUGUCUCUCCCUUCAGAGUAAAAAGACUUCUAUGAUUUCCUAUUUUUCUUUUCCUAAGUCAUCUUGAACCUAUUUUUUGGCCAUGAUUUCUGCCUUGUUCUACUUUAAAUUCAGAGUAAUAGAAGUGGGUCCUUCUCUGAGUAAUCUUGCUUCUUCCCAUAGACAAAAUGACAAGUUUGAUGUUCUGCUGAACAAAAGAUGUUCAGUUAAUUCUGGAGACACAACACUUUCGGAAACCCACCCAGAGCCUUUCACACUUUGUAGAAGUACAUUCUAUGAAGGAAAUGGGAAACUAAUGAAUUGGGAAGCCAUAUCUGGAAUAACCCAAGAAGGCAUAGGGACACGAAGAUAAAUAGCAAGUUGAGUUUACCAAGAAAUUGUUGGAACCCAGGCUUCCAGUUCAGAGAUCCAGGCCAUAACUGGAGCUGCAGCGGGAUCCUCAGUUGGACCAAAUCAAAAGCAUUUCUGAGUCUGGGCACUAGAGGCCCCACACAUCUGGGAGGUAGAACAGGAGGGAAAGUACUUCCAAAUAUUUAUAUGUCUGGUCCCUGCCAUACCAGUUUCCUGGCAGCUGAAGUGGAACACAUCAAAAGGGAGAUGUGGUGGGGACAACUGUCAUUUGGGCUGCCUGCACAUUGACCCUCUGUGGCCAUCGUUCAACAUGCUAGUGUGACUGUAAUAGGGUUUACAUUUCGCCCCCAACCAUAAGUUGUAACACGACACUAUGGUAGGUAGUGAGGAUGUUCUUUGUACUCGAACUGUUCAUCUUGUGGGAAAAUGGCUUAGGGAGUCUGAACUAGCGUCGUACUAAAGGGCUAAUGAGGGAGGAUAAUUCUGACUGGGAGCUAUUGGAGGAGAUGAUAUUUGACUGGGCUUUUGAAUAUUCAGGAAAUUUGGAUGAGCAAAGACGAUGAGUUAGCAGAUAGUUAAAGCUAGAAAACAUGAAUGUACCAUCUUCCCAUCUGCUAUCAUUUAUGAGAGUUAAAAUAGGAAUGACUAAAGUUACCAAGCAACUGAGGGACCAGAGGCUGGACAUGUUCCCUAGGGGAAGAACUGGCAGCUUUUCAAAAUCGCGAAGCAGAACUUCUGUACCCAGGUUAUCACUAUCAUUCAAAACAACUAUGAAUCCAUGAGAUUUCCCCAUUGGAUAUCAGGUCCUUGUCAUUAUUGGGGGCAUUCCCUGAACAAUCAGAUACUUACUGACUUAAAGUUGACUUCUUUACUGUCUGAGCAAAUGCCAGUAUGUAAAGGUGUAUGUGUGUGUCUGUUUAGACACACACGUAUAUACAGACAUACACAUAUAUAUCACUGUAUAAAUGUAUAUACAGUGAAGUUCGAGAUUUUAUAUCCAGCUAGCACUAAACAUGAAUGCCAUCCACUUCAAGAAGUAAGCAAAUAAAUUCUAAAUCACUUUUGAAUGAAGAUAAAUGCUUGUUAUCUUAUACUGUGAAGAGAGUAACACACCAGUAUCAAAGCUAGAUGAGGGUUCAGAAUUUGCACACUGUAUCAUGGUGAUUACAGGAAGGAUGGGGAGUUUAGCUCUACAUUUCAAAAAAUGCUAAUGCAGCAUAAGUAGACCCUGCUUGGUACCACCGAAAGGAAAUCCUAACCCUGUGAGUCGUAGGUGGGCAAGUUGAGCCCUACAAGGAUUGCUGGGCCUACGUUCAGCCCUCGCUCUAGUUAUUGUCAAAAACUGCAUUCAGCUCAGUUUACACAGUGAGUGUAGUGACGUGUAAAAGGAACAUCCCCUCUCCUCUACUACCCUGUCCCCUCCUCUCUCAAGAGAGAAAUUCCCACUCACUAAGUCAGCCUUUCCCUGGUCACCCUUCCUGGGCAUAGGAUAGUUGACUAUAGAGGGAGAGUGAACUACUCAGCAAGUGACCAGUGCCUGAGGUACCUCUGUGUUCUCUGUUAACUCCCUGUCUCCAAGUCUGGCUAACCUCUCUCCUUCUACCUCUUCUCUUCUGCUAACCUGCUUGCUGACCUGUACAGAUCAACUCUACCAGCAACUUGAGCAAAACCGCCGCCUAACUAACCAACUAAAGCUGGCCCUGAAUGAGGAUUAAACUUAAGUGGGGAAGAACUUGGGCUGAAUUGUAGGAAUGGAACUUGUGGGUAGGAAAUCUCGGACUGUUCAUACCUUCAGUGAAUAGGCUUGAAAACCAUUGCUUUCUGCAGAAGUGUAUAUGAAAAGAAUCAGCUGAAAGGCCAGCCUUGCCUGCAUUUCCUUCUUAUAUCUGGAAUAAUCUAGUUGUCUUUAAUUCCAAAACAGCUUUUAUGGUAAAAUUACAUAUGUUGAUGGAUAAAUAUAACAAUCAGUUCAGCACUCCUGUUUGCAAUUGCAGGUCCUAUUGUUUGAUGCAUAGUGAGGACCAAAAACUGUUUUUUAUUUCCUACAGAGAGCUGAGUCCUGCUUUAAGUUAGAAUGCCAAAGCAGAGGGGUGUGUAUGUGUAUAACUAUAUAUAUAUAUUAUAUAUAUAGGGUGUGUUAUAUAUAAUAUAUAUAUUCCUAUUACAUAUUCAUAUUUCUGACUUCUUAAUAGCCGAUACAAUGUUUGAAAAUAUGAAUAAAUAUACCUAUGCUUGGGUAAAAUAGCUUUUGAAAACAGGAGCUCAUGUAAGAAGUCCCUGAGUAUCUGAAAGGUAUGCUUUUAUUAAGUCUAAUGGUGUUGGAAUCUGGUCAUGCUCAGAAUAAAUAGAACACUAAGAAUAGUAAAAGAAUGUCCUACUGACGUGUGCAUGAAACGUUGAUAAUUUUUUUUAAAUGUGUAACAAAUAAUUUAAACAGUUGACAGAAACCCUAUUUACAUCAUCUUUGUUUUCUGUGAGAUUGUGUUAGUUACAGCACAACUUCCAGACCUUUUAACUGCCUGUGACUCGGAAAUGUCUGCUCUUAUUAACUUUAGUGCUGUGAGCAUCUCUCCCUGUUUCCACAGCACAGGACCAGCGAACCUUCCCCAAACUUCACCUGCAUUUUAUUCUCAGAGUGGACUUUUGGGGAAGGUACCCCCCAACCUGCUGUGCCUGUAUUUCCUUCAGGUCAAAGACAUCCUCCCCCUUCAUAGGUCCCUGUCUGGAAAUGAGUAAUGUCCUAUAAGCAUGCCUAGUUCUAAUCAUCUCGUCCUGUUUGUGAUUGAUGUUUGCCUGCCUAAAUGUACAAAUCACCAUUGUGUCCAAAGCGCAGCUAUUCAUGACUUAAUUUUCUAAUCCCA